GAAGAGGAAAGACGCAGACGAAGGUCGGGAACCCCGGUGUUCACAGUACCGAGUUGUCAGUCCGCCGUGUGAACACACCACUGUAGUACAGAGCCUGGAGGAGCUUUAAGAGCUUUAAGAGCUUCUCCCUGGGAUUAAUUCAGUUUAUUCCGGAUUCAGACUCCCGGUUAUUACAGUUAGCCGGUUUUAUUUCAGUUCCUGUAGCCCCACAGCGGCGGGUGAGCUCUAGAAGGAUCCACAGGGUCAUCACUGAGAUAUAACUGAGCUAGGUUAGAUCACCGCCAGUCGGGUUCUCCCGGAGCUCAGAGGAACCCGACCUUCUCUAAUCAUCACCUUCAUCACUGAUACUGAUACCGGAGAACCGUGGACAUGAGGAGCCUGCCGUACUUCUGCCGCGGUCCGGUGAUACGAGGUUUUGGAAGAGGGAGUAAAGACCUAGGAAUCCCGACAGCAAACUUCCCAGAGUCAGUGGUGGACAGUCUUCCUGCUGACAUCAACACAGGCAUAUACUAUGGCUGGGCACAGGUGGACAACGGAGAGAUCCACAAGAUGGUGAUGAGCAUAGGCUGGAACCCGUAUUACAAAAACACAAAGAAAUCAAUGGAAACUCAUCUGAUCCACAAGUUCAAAGAGGAUUUCUAUGGUCAGAUACUGAGUGUGGCUAUGGUGGGAUACAUUCGCACAGAAAAAGGAUUCAGUUCACUUGAGGAAUUGAUAGCAGCGAUUCACAGCGAUAUUGAAGAAGCAAAACAGAAGCUGGACUUGCCCGAACAUUUGAAACUGAAGGAGCACAACUUUUUCAGGACCUCUAUAUCCACAACAAACAGUGAGAUCAUGAACGGUCACUGAACUUGAAAGAGGUCACUUGCCUGUUGUGCCCCAUCUUUCAUUAACUUCGGGUAAAGCUACUGUAACAUAUGCAUUAAAUCAUUAUUUUUGUACUUUAGAUCGCAGAAAGGUUUACAUCGUACAUUGUUGAAUAGUGCUGGCACUGACUGCAGAGUGAAAUUUGGUUUACUGUAUAGAAGACAGAAAGCCAGUGUUUGUCAUGAGAGAAAGUUCAAACUCAAGGUUAAUGGCACCUUUUCAACCAGAUCUUUGUUGACACAUCAGUUUAAAAUGAUAAAAAUUAUCAGUACCAAUUAUAAGUUACCUCAACUAAAUUUUGUUAAAAGUUGUUUUGUUGCCUGAAAGGUUCUCUUAGCUCACAUUUGCUCAACAAUACAGUUAAAAUUGAACUUCAAAACUUUUGUAAAUGUUCUUCAGGUUCAGUUGCUUAAAUAUUGUGUAAGAUGUUUAGUCUGUGUUCCUCCCUCUGAUGGUGUUGCAUCGUUUUUCUCCAUGUUGUCUCCACCGCGGGUUACAGUUUCCUCUAUCGCAUGGGUGGAAGGCCUUCCUAUUGUCUGAUUCUUGACCAUGGAGGGCUGUGGUGAUGAUCUGAUGAUCUAAACUUUUUAUCUCUUGUUCAGGGGUAAGCAAUGAUGGACAGGAUGGACAGAUUCUUUCACAGUUUUGUGGUUUUCCUUCUCAAGCACACCCGAUUCAGCUCACUAGCUAAAUGACAGUUUUAGAAAUCUGUUUCAACAGCGAAAUCAGCAAACAGUGCCUGACCCUCUUUGCCACCUUCUUUCCACCUCUAGACUCUUGACAAGCAGGCAGUUAGACAGUUGCACCACUUUAGAGCUGUUAAGCUAUGUAAUGUACAUAUCCAAAGAAUGAAAAAGCAAUUUUGCUUAGAACUUUGUUUUUAUGUAGUGUAACUUCACAAGCAUAGAGUGGCCCUACAGUCUAACUGCUGCUCAAUAAAUAUAAAGAGAUAAUUCGUAUAAAUUCCAGCAAUGGCUCAGAGCUUCACUGACCACCUCAAUCUCAACCUGUAGCUGUUUAUAAACAGAAAACAGUAAAAAAAAACAAAAAAACAAUUGAGGACCUUCAGACUAAACAUCUUAUACAAUAUUGGAGUGAUUUUAUCUGCAGCUCAUUUACCUUAUUAAUGAGGCUGCAGGCUAAUGACCACUGUAUGAAUGGGAUUUCUUGUAACACUAAUCUUGCUGCCCAUUUAUUGAUAAACCUUUUAACAAAAGAGCCAAUUAGCUUGCUGCUUGUACAGCGAGUCAGCAUGCUAGUGGGAAAGCCUCAUUCUCUGUGGAGAUGUGCGCAGGCGCAGAAGCCAUAACAAUCUGGAAAAUCGCUUUUUUGUGCAUUUUUAAGUCCAUUUUUAAGACCUUCAGUUUAGAGUAUUUUGGUCUUUUUCCCAUUUAGACAGAGAGGAGGCUGAUCUUACAUGAGAGACAUUAGCGCCUCGCCGUGUUGCCAAGAUUAUAAACUGCUUAUAAAGAGGCUCAACUGUUUUGUUGAGCAGAACUAAAAUCCUUUAAUUUUACUUAAAGCUCACCUUCCGCGAAAAUCCAAUUUUUCUUGUUUUUUGUGGAAUACAGUAGGUCUCUCGGAGUUGAAUGUGUACACCUGCACAUUAAACUGUUUUGCAGCCCCCAUUGUCUGCAGGAGCUAAGCAAAGAAAUCCCCCCUCCCCCCCUCCGAAAAACGGGUGAAUUUUGAAUUAUCUUUCUGCCUACGUAGGCAGAAACUCACAGACCAGCCCACCUUGGCUCGAGAAACUCCCAGAGGCGGAGCUGAAGCGACGCAACAUCAUCGCUCAUCAGUUAGGAGGUGGGAGGCAGUGAGCGGCAGAGCGGUGGAGGGGCGUCGCAGUGCUCCUAGCCAAUCAGAGGAGAGAUAUUUGCAUGCUGUUUGCAUGUAUGAAUAUUCAUGAGCAAAGCUGGAAUCCGGUCAUUUUGGACACACCCCUAAAACAGUCCAUUAAAAAAGAGCUAUACAGAGACACCUGAGCACUUUUUUUUUUACAAAAACGGCUCACAUGUCAUUCAUUCAUACUAGAGAACACAACUAGACAUUUUAAAAUGAAAGAAAAAACGACGGAAGGUGAGCUUUAAAAAAGGCUGUGUAUUCAAUUUACCAUUUUAAACUGAUAACUAAAACAUAUAAUAUAAGUGAAUAGGCACAUGCUAACAUUUUAUAGAGACAAAAGUAAUUUCUUAAUUUGAACAAUAAACACAUUGAAACUUUUGUUCUUGAUGAGCAACUAUGCUGCACAGAUUCAGUACUGAGAGAUUAGGCUGAAAAACACUGGAAUAUUUCUUUAAGAAAGCCUGUAUUGGGAGAACCAAGAAUUUCCACUAUUGUGUAACACUUCUGAAGGACUUCAUAUAAAAAAAAAUAAACAUCUCCACAGUGAUCUUUGUUUAGGCUGGAUUUAGGCUGGUUGUGUCAUAUGAUCAAGCUAAAGCUGAAAUCUGGUUCAUGAAUGACUCUGAAACCUUCUCUCUAAACAGUAACCUCUACUGGAAGGUAGUGAUUUAUAAACUUAAAAUUUAAACCGGGUAUGACAGAAAGUACGAGGAGGACAGGGCCAAAGUGAAAAGGUUAGCACACCUAAUACAGUUACCAAGAUGGAGAAAGUCAGCUAAAGAAAAGUCAUGCUAAAUUGUUGGAUGAAACAUUUUGGAAGGACUAGAUGCAAAUUUUAUGUUGAUCACAAUUUUUUAAAAUGAAGUUAAUGACUAUUUAAGUCUCUGAACACUGUUGUAUAAAUAUGUAUGUAAAUACAGAUGAUAGAGCCAUUCCCCUAUAAUCUUUUUUUCUUUUUUUUUCUUUUCUUUCUUCUCAAACAUUAUGGUUCACAGGAUUGCCAGUAUUUUCUUCAUAUUUGAAUCUGUUCUUUAAUGUAGUUUCACGCAGUAACUACAAGAUUUAACAGAAUGCACUUUUCAUUUAAUUUAAUUUAAUUAAUUUUUUUGUUUUUUAGUCAUUGCAAUGUAAACAUAAUUCAGGGUUGGUUUUGGUGUGAAAUAGUUAAUUGUAAUGAAACUUCAGAUUUCUUGGCAGUGGUGGUGAAUGGAACAAGGCGGCAACACGGAUAUAGCCGUUUUUUAUCUUCCAAAGCUACCUCUGAUUUUAAAUGUGAUGUACGUACGUACACCUCCGAGUUUUAUAUGUCAUGUUGAUGAUGGUACGUUAGUGGCAAAUCUUGAAAUUUUUACUUGAUUUAUCUUCUGCUUGUAAGGUAGGCUGGGCUUAAAGAUACUCUUAGCUAGAGUUCUUGUUGCGUAAUCUUACACUUGAUAGGCAUUGUUGAUUAAGGUGUUGUUUAUUGUGUGUUGUGAAUUGCAGGGGCGUGGCUUAAUGCCUGCAUUUUUUAGAUAAAUGAAGGGCGUUUUCACACCUGUAAUCAGUUUCCCCUUCAGUUUGGUUUGGUUUCACACACACCAAAAUGUGACCUAACCAACCACACAAGCAUGUCUCCUCUGGUUGAUUAAAGUUGUUUUCAGAAGCAAGAAGUUUCUGUGCAAUGUAAAGCUGCUUUAACACUGAUCACGGAAAAUUUGCAGUACACAGUACACAGAGUUGUGUGGCUGCGAGCAGUGAAUGCUGCACACACUGCGUUCAGUGUAAAAACAGUUUAGCUUGGAGCAGCAGCAGAGACAGCGUUUGUUCAUAACUGUAGUAAUGAUCUGGCUAUAAUAUAUCAGGUUAAACUGUACCUGAACAGCAGUAAUAAAUCGAGAUGAUCGAGACCAGAUCAGAUUCACACCACAAAUGAACCACUCCAGAGUUCACUUGGAACCAAACCGAGACCAACUCCUCUCGCAGGUCUCGGCGUGGUUGUUUUGGCCUGCACCCAAGUGCAAUUACUGAUUUUACACCUGCUGAAACAAACCGCCCCAAGAAAGCAAACGAAACGAGUCCAUUUUAUCGGAUCACAUAGUCCUGUGUUAUCUGCUACAGAAUUAAUUGUGUUUGCUGUUUUUGCUUAAUUCAGCUUGAGUAUCUAAAGUGUAGAUUCUGUUAGAACUUCUAUCUGUUAGAAAAGCUUGAGCUUGAUGGGCCCAAUGAUUUUGGGUAUUCGUUUCCAUAUAAUGUAAUUAGGAGUGUAACGAUAUUAAAUGCAAAAAAGGCAUACGGUUUUGUUCAUAAUGCAGUUUGGACUUCACAGUUCACAUGAGUACAGUACAAAGUGGAAACUUUAAAAUGUAUUUUAUUUAAAUUAGACAAGUUACAGUCUAGUGCCGUACCUCCUGAGGUAGUUACAGCCUUUAGUUUGUCACAGCCUCUAGUUUGUUAAUCAAGCUUGUUUGGUGUGUUUCUGCACAAAGGUUCAGUACACACCCAAAAACAAGCAUUCAAAUGAUCUUAGUCCAGUUUACCACCUUUUUAUGAGGUAAAAUAGUCAUUUCAAAUAUGAAGAUAAGAACAGUGAAAGAAAAAAGAAAGCGAUUAAAAAGAAGUUUGUGUCAAUCUCUCUUCAAAUGCAGCAGCCAGAGAGAGAUAGGAGGAGGAAGAGAGUGGCAGAGGGGACAUACAAGACUACAGUUUCUCCCAAUGCAAUACUCCCAAAAUCACUGCAGUUCCCACAAUACCGUGCAAAUCUAUCAGUUUACAGCUUAAUGUUUUUGGCUGGCAUAUGUGCUCUUGUGAAACUACCAUAUUUACCCUAAUUGUGAAUAUUGUGUAUUCUCUUUGCAACCAAAGAGAUUACCAAACCAUGACCCCAGUACCAUACAUAUUCAUUUUCCAAUACAUGUACCAUUUUGUUAUAUAUGUAACUUAACUGUCUGUGAGGUUGUGUCCCAAUUACCACUGUUGUAAAUGACAUUGUAAAUGCAUUUCAUACCAAAACCAAACCACUCUGAUUGACUAAUUUCGUCUUAAUGAUGGAAUUAUACAUAAAUAGAAAUAGCUUCUUUAACAAACAGGAAUUUCUUUCAGCCUGACAAAUCAAAGCUAGUUCAGGUAUAUUAUAUAUUCAGAUGUGCUUUAGAUGAAUGUUAGUCACAGUUAACGUGUUCACAUUGGGAGAACCUUGUGUAACCAUGUCUUUUUUUUUUUUGUUUUGUUUUUUUUGUAUUACAUUUAACGUAUGCUCUACUUGUUUCAAUCAAAACUUGAUUCUACCUGGAUAAAAAAGCUUUUAGAAGGUGUGCUUCAAAUGAUGUAAACAUAUCCACUAUAUUUAGUGUAUUGCUAGCCACUCUGGCCUGUUAUAUUCAUUUUAAUGUGUUUGCCUGAAAUAUUUGCAUUUCUAUAAUGCUUGUGUUCAUACGAUUGCUAAAGUGCGUAAAGCACAGUGCCUUAAGCGUAAAAAAAGAAAACACUAUUCUAAUAAAAGAACUCUUUUAGGAACUCUUUUAGGCACAAACAUCAACAGAAAGUUGAAGUGAGGAAUGUUGUUGAAGCAUCCCAUUUCAAAUCUCAUUUAUUCUCCAGUAGUUAUAUGUGUUUAAUAUGUUUUACAAUAAUAUGUCAGUGCUUUAAAGUCAACUGCCUUUUAUAUAGUGUUAACAAUUCAUGAUUAAUAGACCAAUAGAUAAAACCAAAAUGACUUGAUGUUGAGUCAAGUCCCAGUGGUUCUAUGAUGUACUUGUGCAAUGCAUGUUGGGUACUGUAGUGAGAAAAUAAAAGUACAUGACUAUUACUGAAUAUUACAUAACAUGGCAAUCAAAACUAAGAAUAAAUUAUGGAAUUAUUUAAUUAUUUAAUUAGACAAUUUACUCUGCAGCUUUUAAAAUGACCUUAAAAAUAGUUUUAGCUAAUAAAGCUAAAAUAGAAAUUAGAUCAUAGAAAUAUGGUCAGACUAGUAUAAGAAGUUUAUUUGUGUCUGGAAAUGUCUACAAAGCCUUGAGAAGACUGAGGAUUUUGCCUUGAAAAAGAAGCACAUCUCCUAUUCAGAAAUUGUUUUUAAUUUUAAUGACUUUUUGUUUAUAUUUUUUCAUGUCAAAAUGUAGUUGUGUCCAUAAGUAGUUGGACAGUGACACUAUGUAAUUUUGCCCCUGUACAAUAAUUGACUGAAUUUAAAAUAAAGUUAUAAAUUCAAUGUUUUUAUUUUUUUCCCUUA